GUGUUUGCCAUGCAGCUCGCCAUCUUAAGAGUUACUGUCUUCUUGCCCUGGUGUUUCACCAUUCCAGUGCCCCCUGAUACAGAUCAUAAAGGAUGGGACUUUGUUAAGGACUAUUUCCAUCAGUUUUUCCUGACCAAGAAGGAGUCGCAACUCGAGACACAAACACAGCUCCUGCAACAAUUCCAUCAGGAUGGGACAGGCCUACUUGAUAUGCAGAUGCAUGCUAUGCUGCACCAGCCCCGCUGUGGGGUGCCUGAUGGAUCCAACACCUCCAUCUCGCCAGGAAGAUGCAAGUGGGAUAAGUACACUCUGACUUACAGGAUUAUCAAUCACCCACAGGAUAUGAAGCCAUCCACAGUGAAAGACAGUAUAUAUAAUGCAGUUUCUAUCUGGAGCAGUGUGACUACUCUGAUAUUCCAGCAAGUGCAGAAUAAAGACGCAGACAUCAAGAUUUCUUUCUGGCAGUGGGACCAUGAAGGUUGUUGGCCCUUUGAUGGGCCAGGUGGUUUCUUGGGCCAUGCCUUUUUACCAGAUUCUGGAAAUCCUGGAGUUGUCCAUUUUGACAAGGAUGAACACUGGUCAGCUUCAAACACAAGAUUUAAUCUGUUCUCGGUUGCAGCUUAUGAGAUCGGGCAUUCUUUGGGCCUGAAGCACUCUGGGAAUCGGAACUCCAUAAUGUACCCCACUUACUGGUAUCACGACCCUAGAACCUUCCACCUCAGUGCCGACGAUAUCCAAAGGAUCUAG